GCCAUGCCUCUUCCUCCUUCCAACAACAUGCAUCCGUCUGGAUAAAACGUUUAUGCUGUCAGAAGAACCGGUUGUGUGGCAUCAAGCUGUGCAUACUAUAGUGAUUUUAUAAAAUAUUUAAUCAUUCAUGAGUUGAGCUUCCUUCUUGAGUCAUGGAUGACAAGGCGUCUGUUGGAAAAAUCAGUGUCUCCUCAGACUCGGUGUCCACUCUUAACAGUGAAGAUUUUGUCUUGGUUUCCAGGCAAGGGGAUGAAACUCCAUCUACAAAUAACGGUAGUGAUGAUGAGAAACCAGGAUUGAAGAUUGUUGGGAAUGGAAGCGAGCAGCAGCUGCAGAAGGAGUUGGAGGACGUGCUGAUGGAUCCACCAGUGGAAGACCAGCCGAGGGCAAGAGAACAUGAAGAAGGAGCACAGCUGGAUGGAGAGGGCGACGGGCCUCUUCCUGGCGACCUGUCCACGUCAUCCACCAUUAACCCGGUGUCAGUGGCGGGUCCUCAGAAACCAGAAAUGAGCCUGCCGGUGAAUCCAGGACAAGGAGAUUCUGAAGAGUUGAGUCCUUUUACCCCAGUAGCCGAUGAGAACAGCGUGAUGUUCAGCAAACUAACUUACUUGGGGUGUGCGUCGGUGAACGCCCCCAGGAGUGAAGUAGAGGCCCUGCGGAUGAUGUCAAUUUUACGAAGCCAGUGCCAGACAUCUCUAGAUGUGACCCUGUCGGUGCCGAAUGUGUCUGAAGGAACUGUGAGACUCUUGGAUCCUCAGACCAACACAGAAAUAGCAAACUAUCCCAUCUAUAAAAUCCUUUUCUGUGUCCGAGGGCACGAUGGGACCCCUGAGAGCGACUGCUUUGCUUUCACCGAAAGUCAUUAUAACGCGGAGCUCUUCAGGAUUCACGUCUUCCGGUGUGAAAUACAAGAAGCAGUAAGCCGUGUGCUCUACAGCUUUGCUACUGCCUUUCGCCGCUCUGCCAAACAGAUGCCUCUGUCCGCCCUCGUCCCACCGCAGACCCCCGACAGUGACACCUUCGCCUUCUCUGUGUCUUUAGAGAUCAAAGAGGAUGACGGGAAAGGUUACUUUAGUGCAGUUCCCAAGGACAAGGAUAGGCAAUGUUUUAAACUCCGCCAGGGAAUUGACAAGAAAAUUGUGAUUUAUGUCCAGCAAACAACUAAUAAAGAACUUGCCAUCGAAAGGUGCUUUGGUCUUCUACUUAGCCCUGGAAAAGAUGUGCGCAAUAGUGACAUGCAUCUCCUAGAUUUGGAAUCUAUGGGCAAAAGUUCAGAUGGAAAAUCCUAUGUGAUUACUGGGAGUUGGAAUCCCAAAUCUCCACACUUCCAAGUUGUAAAUGAAGAAACUCCUAAAGAUAAGGUGCUGUUCAUGACCACAGCUGUUGACUUGGUGAUAACCGAGGUACAAGAACCUGUCCGAUUUCUCCUGGAGACCAAAGUCCGAGUUUGUUCUCCUAAUGAACGAUUAUUCUGGCCCUUUAGCAAGCGUAGUACUACUGAAAACUUCUUUCUGAAACUAAAACAGAUCAAGCAAAAGGACAGGAAGAAUAAUACUGACACACUGUAUGAAGUUGUGUGCUUGGAGAGUGAAUCUGAAAGAGAAAGGAGAAAAACAACAGCAAGUCCUUCAAUUCGCCUGCCCCAGUCUGGGUCUCAGAGUUCAAUGAUACCUUCCCCUCCAGAGGAUGAUGAAGAGGAAGAUAAUGAUGAACCUCUCUUGAGUGGAUCUGGUGAUGUUUCCAAAGAAUGUGCAGAAAAAAUUCUUGAAACAUGGGGAGAACUGCUGUCAAAAUGGCAUCUCAAUUUGAGCGUGAGACCAAAGCAGUUGUCGCCAUUAGUGAGGAGCGGAGUCCCUGAGGCACUGCGAGGGGAAGUCUGGCAGCUACUAGCAGGAUGCCACAACAAUGACCACCUGGUCGAAAAGUACCGCAUCCUUAUCACAAAGCCGUUGGGUAAAUGUGACUCCAGCAUCCUAAAGUGAGCUUGGCGGCUGUUCUUGUCACGCACGCUGGAAAGAGAAAGAGGCCGAUGUCUGCUGCAACGAGGGAGAGAGGGUACCGUUCCAAAAUCUCUACAGUGAUGUGACUGAAGCACAUCCUUAUUGUCACUGUCGGGCUUAUGGCUUAGAAGGAAAGUCUCCUCUCUGCCGGCUUUAUUUAAAACUGUAGUUGUGAUUGCGAAGAUGGCUGUGGAGCCAUUUUGAGACUCUUCGCCUCUGGUCUCAUGUCAGAAGAAGCGGGAGGGGACUCAAAGAUGAAGUAAAUUGUUAUAUUUCUUUUCAGAUAGACCCCUGUGAAAUGAUGCAGUUCUUUCUCUUCUUCGUGCCAAUUAAAGUCAAUUAAAAUUGAUUGGUUUCCAUUUA